CCCGGUCUAGUUAUCGAUCGAGGGGAACGAAGCAAGACAAGAGGGAGACCGAGGAGGCCUAGCCGCCUAGGGUAGUCCCGUCCGGUCUCCCGCGGCCAGCGACGGACUGCCUGGCGCCGGCGAAUCGAUGGGCUACUGGUGGCACCGCGUCGUGCUGCCGGUGCGGCGGGCGUGGCUCGGCGUCGCGUCCCGCUUCGGGGUUCGCCAAACCGGGCUGUGGAGGCUGCGGCAGGAGGUGAGCACGUGCGAGUACGAGGACGUGCACGUGAUGUGGGAGAUGCUGAGCCGCACCACGGCGCCGGCGCCCGCGCCCACUAGGCGGCAGCACAGUCGGUUCCGGCCGCAGCCGCAGCCGCGGCCGUGGGGCGACAGGUUCCGCCUCUGCCGAGGCUUCUAGUAGACCAAGGCCGCCGCCGCCGCCGCCGCCGCCGCCGCCGCCGCCGCCGCCGCGCGUGUCAGCUCCGCUGCUGUUGCUGCGGGAUAGAUAUAGCGCUUCCACUUAAUUUCUUCUGUCUUUUUCGGUUUCUUCUUCUUCUCUGGUUCCCGCUGCUUGUAUUGUAUUGUAUCUAGUAUGUAUCGUCGUCCAUCCCUCCGGCGGGCUCUGAGAUGUACCUCCAUUCCUCCUCGUGUACCCGUCUCGAUGCAGAUGAUACCGGGGCAUGUGAAUGAACAGAGCUGGUUCCG